AUGGAUCCCCUUGAAUCACCUGAGAGUUUACCUGAAAAAGACCAAAUUUAUCAGUUAGAGCAAAAGUUAGUCAAAUUUAAAAAGUUUGUUGUGAGCUUAAGAAAUGAGCGCACUCAGCUACAAGAACAGAUUGCAUCUAAAGAUUCAGAGAUAGAAAAGCUCAAGUCUGAUCUUGGAAAGUUUCAAUCAAAGUCGUAUCAACAAAUAUUUCAAAAUUUCCAUAGCCUUCAAGCUGAGUAUGAUAAGGUCCAAGACGAUGUCGAACUCUACAAAAAGACCAACAAGUCACUUGAAAACGACUUGAUCAAGUGCACUUUAGAAUUAAAUCAAUGCCGUGAAACUUGUGCCACUCAGAAGGAAGAAAUUGACCAAUUACAAAGCAACUCAGCCCAGCAGCAGUCCCAAAUUGAUAGUAUUCUCGAAUCGAAUAAAGCGUUGGAGGGCAAAAUCAUCGUUUUGCAAACGGAAAACAAGAACGAGAAAAAGAAAAGCAGCAACUUUCAAGUAUGCGAAAGUGAAAGAAAUGAAAUAAAAAACGAAUUAGCCCAGAAAAAUGAUCAGAUUGUGCAACUGUCAGAGGAGCUGAAAAAGUCUACAACACGUAUAAAAGAACUUGAAGAAGAACUGGAAGAGAAGAAUGUGCAUUUGAACCAGUACGAAGCACUAAAGCAGACAAGUGAUCAACAAAGUACCCAAAUUGAGAAGCUCGAGAACACGCUGCAAAUUCAAAAUGAAAAGAUUGACCAGUGCAAUCAGCUGAUUGAAGAAUUGAACAGUAAAAAUGAUCAGCUUGAAAAGAAAAACGCCGACUUACAGCUAGAGCAUUCUCAAAAAGUGUCAAACUUUGAACUGACAAUCUCGGAGCUUAAAAACAAAGUGAAACUGAACGAAGAGGAUUUGGAGAUCAGUCGUUCCAAGUUUGAAGAGUACAAACUACGUGUUUCCAAUGUCCUCAAAGAGAAUAAUAACUUCAACAAUUUUGAGUUUAGCAAAAAAAUUGAAAAUCUUCAACUAAAGAUUGAAAGCUUAGAAGAAGAAAAUCGAUCUCUCAAACUUGAAUGCAAUAAACUGACCAGCGAAGCAGAGAGGAUUCGCUCUUUGAACAAUGACAUUACCAGUAAAUGGCAGUGGAGUCAAGGCGAACUCAAGGAUUACGAUGAUUUGAAAACAAGAUUCAAUGCGCUUCAUAGCGAAAAGAGCAAGUUACUGACUUCUAUUGACCUCUUAAAGGGGUCGUUUAGCAAAGAAAAACAGUCAAUAAUUGAAGAAAAUCAGGAAACGCUGGAAAGUAUUCGCAUAAAGUACGAAAACAGAAUAAAAGAACUAGAAGAUGAAAUGAUUAACUUUCGCAAUACAUCUGAUGAUUCCAAUUCUGUUGUAAAUUCAAAUACGUCAUUUGAAGAAAUCAAAGAAGAAAAUCUUUCUUACCAAUCAAACAACUCCAAUUCUGAACGAAACUUUCUUGAGGAAAUCCUCAAUCUUGACUCAAAUUCAAAAUCAUCCGAUGCAACCCACUCUUCAAACAUCGACAACCUAACGCAGUUGUUAUCUGAAAGCGAAAACAGUAUUACUCUUUUAAGUGAACAGAAUCGUUUAUUAAAAGAGGAAAUUCGUCGCAUGCAAAGAAGCGUGGACCGCAUGGACAUUGCCAACAACCUCGAGUAUUUGAAAAAUGUUCUUAUGAAGUUUUUAACCAUCAAGGGACUGGACGAGCGUGAACGGCUCAUCACAGUCCUCACGACCAUUCUCAAGUUGACUCCAGAGGAGCGUGACGUAUUUCACCAGUGUGUGCAAGACAAUCCGCAGGGAAAUUCCAAAUGGCUGUGGCAGUGGUCAUCCUAG